AUGUCGUCUCUCGUUCGUGAAGCGCGUGUCAUGGAACGUUUAUUGGUGUGGCCAGUGCGUGUUUCAGGCGCCAUAGGAUCUUUAUUUACAAGACAGUUUUCGACGGGGCUUGGAUUAUGUCAAUAUGUAUCAAAAAAUAUCUUCAAAUCAAAUACGAUGUGUUUAAUGAUUACACUUGAUUGUUUUGAAUGCUUAAAAAAUGAUCCUGUUUUUCAGUUUCCACAAGUUAAAUAUAUUUUGGUUAUCUGUGAUACUAUUGACGAUGUAAAUGAAAUGCAACUACGUGUUACACCAAUAACUGACAAGGUCAAAUUCUAUACAAUAGAUGAUCUUUUAAAGUGGCCAAGAGAACCUGAAUUAGAUGUAAUAUUUGGUUCGCUAGAUUCCAUCGAUCAAAGCAUAAAAGAAGCUCUUCUAUCAUUAAAUAAAGAUCGACUUGAUCCCACAAGACGAACCAUAUUCAAUCGACUUUCAUUCGCUUUAAAUCAAUUACCUACGAAUCCUCUUCAUGGUUUACCUGUGAAAAAUAUUAAUGAUUUUACUUCAAAUUUCAUUUGUCAAUCGUGUGCAUUAAUUAAUGAAAAACCUUAUCAAUUAGAAUGUGAACAUUAUUUAUGUGAAGGGUGUUUAAAUACGCGAGAAAGUUGUGCAAUAUGUCAAACAACUAUUUCGCACAAUGAAGAACAUUUUAAACAAAAUCAUCUUGAUUUAAUCACGUGUCUUAUUGAAAAUCAACAAGCAAUUGGAAAUGUUUAUGAUUUUUCGUCUUUAAAUGGCACAUGCUUAUGGAAAAUUCUGAACAUAGAUCAAAUGUUAAAGAAGGGUAUUUCUGGAGAAAUUAAUUCGAUUUAUUCACCUCCAUUUUAUUUAUAUCGACAUGGUUAUAAAAUCUGCUUCAGAUUAUAUUUCAAUGGAGAUCAAAAAGGACGAAAUACACAUAUGUCAAUGUUUCUUGUGCUUAUGCCUGGUGAAUAUGAUGAAGAUCUUCGUUGGCCAUUUUCCUUAAAAGUGACAUUUUCUUUGAUUGAUCAAUCAAUCGAACAUGAUGAAAAACAUCAUAUUAGUCAAUUCUGCUGGCCUGAUACAGCAGAAAUAUGUUUUGGCUAUCCAAAAUUGAGUUGGAAUCUUCCAUAUGGAAUUUCACAAUGUUUUUCCUUAGAGGAAUUGAAAAAGAAUCAAAAUAAAUUUAUUCAUGAUGAUACAAUGUUUUUUCAAAUUCAAUUUGAAAUUUCAACUGAAAUACCAACGAAUGGUUUAGGUGAGAAGCCAAGCGAUCAGCCACACACUGGUGGACCUGAUGAUGAAUUAAGCCGUUUAAUUGGAAUAUAA